AUCCUGUAAGCAGGAUGGGAAUCCCGUGGUCACGAUGGAUCCUAUGGACAGGAUGGAUCCUGUGAGCAGGAGGAGUCCCAUGGUCAGGAUGGGAUCCUAUGGGCAGUUUGCGAUCCCAUGGGCAAACUGGAUCCUACGUGCAGGAUGGAUCCCUUGUGGGGAUGAGUUCCACCCCUUCAUCGAGGCGCUGCUCCCCCAUGUCCGGGCCUUCGCCUACACCUGGUUCAACCUGCAGGCCCGCAAGCGCAAGUACUUCAAGAAGCACGAGAAGAGGAUGUCCAAGGAGGAGGAGCGGGCCGUGAAGGACGAGCUGCUGAGCGAGAAGCCCGAGGUGAAGCAGAAAUGGGCCUCGCGCCUCCUGGCCAAGCUGCGCAAGGACAUCAGGCCCGAGUGCCGCGAGGACUUCGUGCUCUCCGUCACCGGCAAGAAGGCGCCGUGCUGCGUCCUGUCCAACCCCGACCAGAAGGGCAAGAUGCGCCGCAUCGACUGCCUGCGCCAGGCCGACAAGGUGUGGAGGCUGGACCUGGUGAUGGUCAUCCUGUUCAAGGGGGUCCCGCUGGAGAGCACCGACGGCGAGCGCCUGGCCAAGGCGGGUCAGUGCACCAACCCCAUCCUCUGCAUCCAGCCCCACCACAUCAGCGUCUCCGUCAAAGAGCUCGACCUCUACUUGGCCUAUUUCGUCCGUGAGAGAGACUCGGAGCAGAGCAGCAGCCCCCGGACGGGCAUCGCCUCGGACCAGGAGGACACGAAGCCCAGCACGCUGGACUCCACAGACUUCCAGGAAAGCUUCGUCACCUCGGGGGUGUUCAGCGUCACCGAGCUCAUCCAGGUGUCCCGCACGCCGGUGGUGACGGGCACGGGCCCCAGUUUCUCCCUGGGGGAGCUGCAGGGUCACCUGGCCUACGACCUGAACCCGUCCAGCACGGGCAUGAGGAGGACGCUGCCCAGCACCUCCUCCAGCGGGAGCAAACGGCACAAGUCUGGCUCCAUGGAGGACGACAUCGACACGAGCCCCGGCGGCGAGUAUUACACCUCCUCCAACUCCCCCACGAGUAGCAGCCGCAACUGGACAGAGGACAUGGAAGGGGGCAUCUCCCCCAAUGUGAAGACAGAGAUGGACAAGUCGCCCUUCAACAGCCCCUCACCGCAGGACUCCUCGCCGCGCCUGAGCAGCUUCACGCAGCACCACCGUCCCGUCAUCGCGGUGCACAGCGGUAUCGCUCGCAGCCCGCACCCUUCGUCCACGCUGCAUUUCCCCACCACCUCCAUUCUCCCCCAGACGGCCUCCACCUAUUUCCCCCACACGGCCAUCCGGUACCCGCCUCAUCUCAACCCGCAGGACCCACUGAAAGAUCUCGUCUCUCUGGCCUGCGACCCGUCCAACCAGCAGCCCGGACCGUUAAAUGGAAGUGGUCAAGUGAAAGUGCCCAGCCACUACCUGCCCACGCAGAUGCUGGCACCGCCACCUCCCCCCGGCGUGCCCCGCUUGGCCGUCUCUCCUGACACCAAAUCCGCCACGACAACUUCGGAGGGAGGGACGACCUCACCGACGUCACCCACCUACUCUGCACCAGGCACGCCCCCUGCGAACCGUUCCUUCGUGGGAUUAGGACCAAGGGACCCUGGCAGUAUCUAUCAGGCACAGUCCUGGUACCUGGGAUAGCGCGGCCGUGCCACCCUUCGCUCCCUUCUCCUCUGCUUUAGGCACCCUGAGGACCCCCCCCCCCCGGCGCAGCGCCCCCGGAGGACAACGUGCAUUAAUCGCCACGUGAACACAGCAAAAAAUAACCCCCAUCCCAUCCCGGACCGAGCGAGGAGAGAAAGGAAAAGAGAAGAGAGGAGAGAGAGGAAGGUUGGAAGGUUGGAAGGUCGGACUUUUUUGGGUUGGUUUUUUUUUGUUGUUGUUGGUUCUUUUUUUUUGGAAAGGAUAAAAAA